AUGCACCGACACCAGUAUAAAUCCGGCCAUCUUCGCCAACGAUCAAAUCACCAAAAUGUCGACGGUACACGGCCGGAACGUGAGGGCACCGGCUCGCCAUUCGGGUCACCGUACAUAAGAGAAGAGGAGGAAAGCUACUUUGAGCGCCAGCUACCCGCAUACCAAGAUGGACCAAGCAGCGGGCCGACGACACCACGCACUCUUGAGGCAGGCACUGGCACGACACCUGUUCCUGACGCCGCAGAUGGUCCUGGUUCGCCCUCAAAGCCUGUCAUGCCCCCGCGAUCAUCGUCCUUGAAGCCAUACCAGCUCAAGACAAAUGUCGAGCGUGUACCGCAAUUGCCAGCUGGAGCCACAACACCACUGGACAAUCUGCCUACGCCAGGACUGGUGACAUAUCCUCCCGAGCCUGCGACAUGGACAAACAUGCCCAACAAAGGCCAACUCGCCCUCCUUGCUGCCAGUCGCUUCGUCGACUUCUUUCAGAUGGCUGCGCUUCAGACAUACAUGGUACACCAGCUCAAGAGCUUCGAUCCCAGCCAGCCCGAUUCUGUCAUAUCGCAUCAAGCAGGUAUGCUUCAGGGUAGUUUCACCGCCGCCCAGAUCAUCACGAGUAUUCUCUGGGGUCGCGCGGCAGACCAACCAGGUGUAGGCAGGAAACUGGUCCUCAACAUUGGAAUGAUCGGUACCGCGAUUGGUUGCAUUGGUGUAGGCUUCAGCACCAGUUACCGACAGGCUGUUGCUUGGAGAGUCUUGAGUGGAGCUAUCAACGGCACUGUAGGAGCUGCUAGAACCAUGGUUGCUGAAUGUACUGAUAAGCGUUGGCAUCCGCGUGCCUUUCUGCUCCUUCCUGCUGCCUUUAAUGUUGCAAAUGUUUUGGGUCCAAUUCUCAGUGGUCUUCUCGCCGAUCCGGUAGUGUCAUAUCCUCACUUAUUCGGCCCCAAUUCGACAUUCGGUGGCGCAGAAGGAAUCGCCUGGAUGAAGAGUCAUCCCUACGCUGCGCCAAACCUCCUCUGCAGUCUGCUGCUGAUAAUUGAAGCACUGCUCUGUACUUUCUUCCUUAAAGAAACGCUCAAGGGCUUUACAGAAGUCGAUGCUAGUGUCUUCAAUCCAAUAACUGUCGCCAAAGGUAUCUGGAAUAGGCUCUACGAGGUCAAAAACAAAGGCUACAAACUGGUUGGUGAGACGGCUAUGGCUCGGAGAGGUCUCUUGUCUGGCCGCGACGAAGGAAGCAUCGAACUCGAUCGCAUUGCCGACGCCAAUGAGACUCGUGAGAGACAGGAUUCGCAUGCUACUCGUCCUAUGCAACGUCUUCCUUUCGGUCGCGUGUGGACUCCCAACGUAUGUUGGACACUUCUCUCGAUCGCCAUUUUCGAUUUCCACAUGGGCGCCUUUUCAACCUUAUGGAUCCUGUUCUUGUCUACUUCUCGCGAGUUUGUGCCUGGGAACAGCACAGACGGCAAAUCACAAAAGCAAGAAAGAGGCGUCUUCAAGUUUGGUGGCGGUCUCGCCUUCCCACCUCCCACAAUCGGCCUCGCAAUGGCUAUUAUCGGCUUCAUAGGCAUCAUCCUGCAAUUCGUCCUCUAUCCACGCGCCAACGCCAAAUUCGGCCUGAUGCGCUGUUUCCGAUCCUCGCUAUUCCUGUUUCCUCUGGCAUAUUUCCUGGCCCCGUAUAUUGCUCUCAUGCCCUCUGACUCUGCUUCCCCAGCCCCGGCAUCAGGAUUCUGGAUCUGGCUUGGUAUUGGUGGUGUCGUGUUUCUUCAAGUCGCUGCUCGCACAUUCGCGCUUCCGGCUUCGAUCUUGCUGCUCAAUAACAGUUCGCCUCAUCCUUCUGUUUUGGCGACUAUUCAUGGAUUGGGCCAAGCGGAUAGUGCGGCGUUCAGAACUAUUGGACCUAUUUUGUCUGCCUCUUGGUAUGGUACUUGGCUCGAGCGUGGGGUGGUGGGUAUGGCAUGGUGGUAUGUCGCUGCCAUCUCGGCUGUNGGAGCUGCGGCGAGCUUCAAAGUCAGAAAUGGAAAUGGGCAUGAGAUUAUCUUGCCGGGAGAGGAAGAGAGGGCUGAUGAGCCAGGUCCUGCUGAGCCAGCGAGGAAGUAG